CUACCCCAUGGUGCACUUGACAUCAUCUACCAAUCACCCGAAAACUUUAGCAUUUUGGACUUUAAAAUCAAAGUCAAAUGUGAAGUGUUAGACCAUGUCCGUGAUCUCUAUAUUGAUCCUUCCCAUGUUGUAUUUGACUUUGUUCUGCACCUGUUCAGCGAGUUCAUGGAACAUUGCUAUACAGAACUUGGGCACCCUUUGGUUACACGGCAGACUGCCUGGGAUGUAUACCUGCGCUUACUCACCAUAGUGCAGGUCAGCGAGGAGAUACCACACCACAUCAAGCUGUAUGAUGAGGCAGAGCAAGAAUUAACCAUUUUGCUGCUUAUAGAGAACCAUCAAGAGUUGCCCUAUCGUGAAGAUGGCAAUGGCACAUACUAUAUGGGCAGGGUGGGCAGUUGUCUUGGUCUUGGUAUGCCAGUUUUUAUUUUUGACACAAAUGCCAGGGGACCAACAUUUAUAUAG